UUAAGAAUGCUUUUAUAAUUUACGCAAUCAACAAGUCUUGAUUAGAUUUAAAUAAUUUGUAACAUUGUUUACAUUAUUAGAUGAAUUGUUAAUUAUUUUCAGUGGGUGAUCAGAUAUAUUCAACACAUGUACUACAGUUUGUUUGAAAACUCAUCAAUUUCCUAAAUAACAACAACCAUUUCAAUGAUUCGAAUCCCACGAACAAGAUCGUGGAUGCGCACUUCUGGGGAAUCCCAUAGUAGGACGAAACGGCCGUUUAGCGCUUCCACAUUUUUAAUGGUGGUCUAUUAUCAAUCAGUUUAUGACCUCAAUCAAAAAGAUUGAAUUCAUUUUUUUUUUGAAACUUAUACUAAAAUCUUUAUUGUAUUUAUUUAACUAAUAUGUACUCGAAUAAACAAAUGACAUUUAUUGAAUUUUGACAGGUUUUCUUUAAUGAUGAAACUAUAAUGCGUACCAAUUUAAAUGAUUUUCAUGCAUUUAUAUUAAAAAAAUACUUGAAUUAAUGACCGAUGAAUUUCAUAUUUCAUGAUUAUCUUGGUAACUAUGUAAAAUUCAAUAAAUUAUUUCGAAAUUUUCCAAAUAAUUAAACUACAUGAGAUUUAUAAUGCUUUUUGUAAUAGUACUACUUUAUGAUGAAUAUGUAGCUGAUUUGCCAAGUACAAGUUUAUGUACAAGGUGUUAAGCUUCAUUGUUUGUAUGAACACUAGUGAUACGAAUCAACAACUCAAAUUCAGAUGGAUACAGGUGGUAUUCAUACCUGAAACCUUUUAAAACCACGUGUUCUAAACACUAAAUCACUAGUAUGUUAUUUAUCAACCGCUGUACAUAAAAUUUCAAGAAUAAGCUUAUCUAUCACGCUGUUACAUUUAAACUAUGAAUCUACUCUUAAAUAAAUUAGCUUAUUUUGAUUAGCUAAAUGUUUUUACUUACAUAAAUGUAUGAUUUGAGGUCAUUUGAGUUGUUAAACGUUAACCAUAUCCAAACGUCUUGAUGUCGCCAGUUUUGUAUGAAAGUUAAUUGAAAAAGAAAAGCAAACAUUUAUUGUCACAUGUCAAGAGUGGAUCAAAUGCCAGUGGAUAAUUUCUCAGUGAUAUCGAAAACAGACUAUGAGGAACCAGAAAGUCAUAUUGUUCGACAUAAACCUGUUGGUAUUAAAACAUUGUUAAGAAAAACAAGAUUCUCAAGAAAAGAAUUACAAAUUAUGUAUCAAGGAUUUAAACAAGAAUGUCCAGCUGGUACACUUAAUGAAGAUUCAUUUAAAGAUAUCUACUGUAAAUUUUUCCCUCAAGGAGAUGCAACUGUAUACGCUCAAUUAGUAUUCAGAUCAUUUGAUCAAGAUCGUAAUGGAACUUUAACAUUUGAACAAUAUAUUCAAUGUUUAUCGUGUUUAAUGCAUGGUACACAAAAUGACAAAUUACGUUGGGCAUUUCGCCUGUAUGAUAUUAAUGGUGAUGGUUAUGUGACUAAAGGUGAAAUGCUUAAAGUUGUCAAUGCAAUUUAUGAUUUAUUGGGAAGAAAUACAGAACCGCCAAUUAAUGAAUCGACCACAGCUAAUCAUGUAGAAAGGGUAUUUCAAAGAUUAGAUUUAAAUCAAGAUGGUGUAAUAAGUUAUGAAGAAUUUUUACAGGCGUGUACUUAUGAUCAGACUGUUUGUGAUGCCCUUGAUAAACUUACAACUAUUUUAUAA